AUGGAAAAUGAGGAGAGACGGCUCGUUUUCUUGCCGAAGCUGGACGAGUCAGCCGAUGAUGGUGGGGAUGGAUCGAAUGCGACGACAACUGGAAUCAUCGGGAGUCUUUUUGGGAAGUGGUGGGGAAGAGGUGAAACGGUGAAUGAACAACAAACACCGACCCCAUCCACUUCCCAAUCAGCUCCACAAAUUGAUGGACAUGUGGAAGUUAUCGAGCAACUCCCGUCUCUAUCGAUUGAAACCACACAGCCUGGCCCACUUCGACGCGAUAAUUCACCAAGCAGAGAAAGUCUUGAUUCGUCUAACUCGAAUACACCCAAAAGAAAGGCAAGCCGAAUCGCCUCAUAUUUUCGACGAGAAAAGGCGGGUCUUGUCGAUUACGAUCGAAGUUCUUUCCGGCAAUAUUGGAUGCCCGACUCGACGGGAAGGGAAUGUUAUCAAUGUGAAGAGAAGUUCACAGCUUUUCGAAGAAAACAUCAUUGCAGACUUUGUGGACAAAUUUUCUGCGCAAAGUGCUGCAACGCACAUGUGCCUGGAGCACCGUUAGGAUAUAUUGGUGAUUUACGUUUGUGUUCCUAUUGUGUGAAAAUGGUUGAACAACAUUUGAUAGAAGGUGAAGAGAAAGAAAAAGAAGAAACGAAUGUACCGCAACCAAUUCUUCUCUCAUCGUCCGUUUCUGCUCCCGAAACUUCGGAAUUGAUCCAUCCCGGUCCGUCAGCAUUGGAUUUAUCAAUUGUUUCGGCUGGUUCUUUGAUGUGGUCUGCGCAAAAUGGAGUGCCACAAAAUGAUCGUAAAGACUCACUCUCGUUACCUCCAUUAGCCUAUAGACCACCGUCAAUGUUGAGUGUUGAAGGACUCUUUUCAGCGCAACAAGCCCCGUUUAUGUCAUCAACAAAUGUGAGUGCUGUUCAUUUAUCGGAAGAAGAGGCAGAAUCGGGACCGGAUUGGGUUCGGAAUAUGGAUUUGGCUGAAAGUGGACAAGCUUUGAAAUCUAUUGACUCGGACAAUGGAACAAGAAAUGGAGGAGUUCAUUUUGAUUUGGGACCGAUUACAAUUGACAACUAUGAUGAAGUUGAUGAUGUUAAGCCAAUUGAAAGAAAAGAAUCCAUCAGUCACCGAACGUCACUUUCUCCGGAAUCGAGUGACUUCAUCAAUGAGAACGAUGUGGAUAAAUUAUUUGAACAUCAAACGGAGAUGCUUAUCGAUUAUCUCUUUCAAAGAGCCGGAUUGAAUAACCAAAGAUGGAGAGACAUUUUGCUGAGGAAAGCCAAGUCGAUAGCGUCAAAAGUGGUCGUUGAUGUGUUCAAUCGAAAGGAUAACAUGAAUAUUCUUCAAUAUGUUCACGUGAAAACGUUGCAUGUUGAUGAGACACCAAAUGCUGAGUUGAUUUGGGGCAUCGCUUGCACGAAAUCAGUCACUCACUCGUCGAUGUGCGGGGAACUACCGAAUGCGUCGGUGAUGUUGAUGAGUGGAUCGAUCGAGUACGAGAGAGUCACCGGGAAAUUGAGCAAUUUGGAACCGAUCAUCAAUCAAGAGACCGAGUAUUUGUCGAAACAGGUCGAACGUAUCCUCGCACGUCGCCCAUCCCUUCUUUUAGUUGAGAACAAUGUCUCAAAAGUGGCCGCCGAACUACUCCGUGUGUCCGGUGUUCGAUUGGUAACUGGUGUGAAAAAGGAGGUUUUACAAAGAAUCGGACGAGCCACUGGAGCAGAUUUGAUCCCCAGCGGAGAGGCACAAUUGAUACAGCAAAAUCAGAAUGUCGGUUUUUGUCCGUAUUUUGAUCAACGAGGGAUACGUAUGAGAAAUGGGGAGAUAAAACAUAUUUUGAUUUUCGAUCAAUGUUCUCCGGAUCGUGGUUGUUCUGUAUUACUUCGUGGGAAUUCUUUUUCGGAGUUGAAAGCGGUGAAGAAAAUUCUGAAGUUUUUAGUCCAAAAUCUCUACUCAUCGAAAUUGGAGAAAGCUUUUCUAGCUAUGCACGAUUGUAAACUUGCCUAUACUCUGUCGAAUUGUAAAGCCUGUGAACCAAGAAGAGAAAAUAUCGAAUCAGAAGAGACUGGGAAUGGUUUUCUUUCGAAAUUGCGUGAAAGUGUGCUCUCGUCGUCUCCAUAUAUCGAAUUUGAACCUCCAUUUCUUGAGACGCCAAAGGGAAAAGCUUGCUCAUUGUUACCGUAUUUCAAACAACCGCUAUAUCAAUUCACAACAAUGGCGAAUGAUCAAAUUUUGGAUCAAAAAGAACAGGAAAUGGUAAGAAUCCCGAGUUCACCGUGUUCGCAUCUUGGAGCGCCGAUUAAGGGUGACACGGUGUACACAUCAGAAUCGAUAACAUCGUUCCGAUCGAUUGCCGGCAUGCUCUUCAAGAAGCGGUUGGAAAAACGGGCAAAAGAAAUGAAAAUACAGAAAACAAACAAUGAAAAGCUAAGCUCGGCGAUCAACUCGAAAGAAGAUGUUCUUGAUCCAUUUGUUCAUCAAAGGGUCGCGAUUUUGUUUGGUUCCUAUUCUCCGAAAAGCCCGAACGCUCCAAUGUUAUGCGUUCGACCGUGGGUGGUCAAUAUGCAAUUCUAUGCUUCAAAUGAUAUGACUUUAGGAGAAUUCUUGACAAAAUUUUGUUUCAAUAAGGACUAUCAAUGUCCAUCAACGAACUGUGAGCUGUCAAUGAUGGAACACUCGAGGAAAAUGGUUUAUGGGAGAGUUUGUGUUGAGGUAACAACAAGCCAACUCCAACACGGUCUUCCCGUCGAAAACGAUGUACAAUCGAAUGAUCAAAAACGUAUCUCAUCGUAUCAUUAUUGUGAGGAAUGCCGAGCGUCAUCACCAAUCGUUUUCAUGGAUGUCAAUACAUGGCAUCUAUCGUUUGCUCGAUUUCUCGAUUACAUCGCGAACGCUUCAUUUAGUCAAGGCUCAAUCACCUCUCCGAAUGGCCAACCAUGCCUUCAUUGCUAUUUUCAUCAACAAUCUCAUUUCUUCGCUUUCAACAAUUACAUCACUUGUUUCAAAGUGUCAACGAUUCAACCCUAUCACGUGCAAUUCUCACCCGUUGUCUGUAACAUUCAACCGUCGCAAAUUGCUAUAAAAUCUUUAGAAGAUUUAAUUGAACGAACUCGUGCUUUGUCAAAAUCGAUUUUCGCGCAAGCUACGGAGAGAUUAACAACAUUUUCCCAAAAUGAAUAUUCAAUGCAGUUGGCUUCACAAUUUCACACGACUCUUCGACAAUUGAUCGAAUCGACGAAAAACACUAUGACAGAUUUAAUUGAAAGUGUCGAUGUUGAGAAUUUGGGCGAAGAGGCGGUGGCGUCGAAUUCGAUUAAAGCGAUAAAAGUAAACGAUAUGUUGAUUCACGUGAGAGCUGAAUUAUUUCAAAUGAUUCAAAUGUGGAAUGAGCAAUGUUCGGUGUUGGGAGCGAGUGUGAGGGCGAUGAAAAGAGGAGAGGACGGAGGAGGGAAUGAGAUUCCCGAAGUGUCGAUCGAACGCUUGGAGGAUCCAUUCCCGUCUUGUUAUCACCUUACUCUUCCCCUUCAUCCCCGUUUACCGAUUGUUGUUAGGGAUAUUCAGGACUCAACUGGCGCCUUUAAGCCGGAUAUUGGAUCGAUUAUCGCCUAUGCAUUGGGCUCUAAAGAUUAUGAGGAAGGUCGAACGAAAUCUCGCGAGACAAUGGGUGAGGACAACAUCCCGCUAAAUCUCUCAGCAAAAUCGAUGGCUGAUGGAGAAGAAGCGAAUCGAGGAGAACAUGUUGAAGUUGAAUUCCAAGACAGUCAUGCGAGUUUUUAUGUGAAGGCCUAUUACGCUGAGCGUUUCCGUUUACUGAGAAAGUUGUUGUUCCCGAGUGGCGAUGAGGCAUUCAUUCGAUCAUUGAGUACGGCAAUUUUUUGGACACCACAAGGAGGAAAGAGUGGAGCUUUCUUCUAUCGGACACAGGAUCAACGCUUUGUAAUCAAGCAAAUGUCGAAAUUUGAAGUGCAAUCAUUUGUGAAAUUCGCUCCUCGAUAUUUCGAAUACAUCAAAACGGCGGCUACGGAAAAGAAAUUGACAACGCUGUGCAAGGUUUAUGGUGUCUUUCGAGUUGGCUACAAGCAUAAAUUGAGUGGAAUGCAGAUAAAAGUUGACGUGUUAGUGAUGGAGUAUCUUUUCUAUAAAAGAAAUGUGAGCAAAGUGUGGGAUUUGAAGGGAUCGUUGAGGAAUCGAUUGGCAAAUACUGGCAAAAGCUCUUCCGAUCUCGUGUUGAUGGAUGAGAAUUUCAUCAAGGAUUUGUGGAAUUCCCAGCUCUAUGUUUUCCCGCACAGCAAAGCGGCUCUCAAUCAGGCGAUUUCGAAUGAUUCUCAUUUUCUCUCGGCACAGCACGUUAUGGAUUACUCAUUGCUGGUGGGUGUCGAUGAAUCGAAUGGGGAAUUGAUUCUUGGAAUUGUUGACUACAUGCGCACCUACACCCUGGACAAGAAAUUCGAGAGUUGGGUGAAGAUCGUCACUGUCCCGGGAGCCCAUCUCCCAACCGUAAUCUCUCCUCAAAUGUAUUGUACCCGUUUCUCUGAGGCCAUUGAUACUUAUUUCCCCGUUGUACCUGAUCAAUGGACUGGUUUAGGAUCAACGAUGAGUUAU